UUUCGGUUGGUUCUCGGGGAGAGAGAGAGAGGUUGAAAAGGUAGAAGUCGCGCUGCAUCUUGGGUACAAAACUCCAUGGUGAUGCAGCGAGCCUGACCGUUGAGAAGAACCGUUGAGAAGAACCGGACACCGAAGUAAAGUAAACGGGGGAGGGUCGGCUUCAGGGGGGUGGGUGCGCUGCUUUCAGUGAGUUACAAUGCGUCUUUCACGGUGUUGAACAGUCUCGGUGGACGAUGAGCCAACUUCACCGAGUGAGCCACUCUUGAAGCCCCCCGAAAAAAAAAACCCCGAGACCGAAGGGGCAGAGAGCGAGAAUGCAGACGCCGAGCGCCCCGCUGCCUGUUGUCGGCUUGACUGGGGAAUGGUAGCGUACUGCGGGACCCGCACUUGGAAGGAACAUGGUCGAGAGGAGCAGCAAAUUCUUGUUGAUCGUCGUCGGAUCCGUGUGUUUCAUGCUGAUUCUCUAUCAGUACGUGGCUCCCGGGGUGAUCAAUUUCGGCUCCCCGCACGGUUAUUUCACGGAGGAGGACGAGGGGGACAUCUUCCCGACUCCGGACCCCCACUACGUUAAGAAAUACUACUUCCCCGUCAGGGAUCUGGAGAGGACGAUCGAUUUCCAAAUCAAAGGAGAGGACGUGAUCGUGUUUUUGCACAUCCAGAAGACAGGGGGGACUACCUUCGGGAGGCACCUGGUCCAGAAUGUCCGUCUGGAGGUCCCCUGCGACUGUAGACCGGGGCAGAAGAAGUGUACCUGCUACCGGCCGAACCGCAAGGAGACCUGGCUCUUCUCCCGGUUCUCCACCGGCUGGAGCUGCGGCUUGCACGCCGACUGGACCGAGCUCACCAACUGUGUGCCGGGGGUCCUCAACAAGAAGGAGAACAAGCAGAAAAAUCUGAGGAAGUUCUACUACAUCACUCUGCUGAGGGACCCGGUGUCUCGAUACCUCAGCGAGUGGCGGCACGUGCAGCGAGGAGCCACGUGGAAAACCUCCCUCCACAUGUGCGACGGACGAACCCCGACGCCCGAGGAGCUGCCCUCCUGCUACGAGGGCUCCGACUGGUCCGGAUGCACCCUGCAGCAGUUCAUGGACUGUCCCUACAACCUGGCCAACAACAGACAGGUUCGUAUGUUAGCGGACCUGAGCCUUGUCGGCUGCUACAACAUGUCCACGGUUCCAGAGAAGAAGAGGGCCCAGCUUCUCCUCGAGUCGGCCAAGAAGAACCUACGAGACAUGGCCUUCUUCGGUCUGACGGAGUACCAGAGGAAAACCCAGUUCCUGUUCGAACGGACCUUCAGGUUGCGCUUCAUCAGGCCCUUCAUGCAGUACAACAGCACCCGGGCUGCAGGGGUGGACUUGGACAACGCUACGGUCCAGCGUAUAGAGGAGCUGAAUGAGCUCGACAUGGAGCUUUACGACUACGCCAGGGACCUGUUCCAGCAGCGCUACCAGUACACCAGGCAGCAAGAGAGGCGGCAGCAGCGCAUCAAGAACCACAUGCAGCAGACCCACCAGGGCCUGGGCCUCGGCGUCAACCUGUGGCCCUCCCACAGCCGGCAGAGCUCGGUGUCGACACUGGAGGACGUCGAAGGGGAUAGGGAGGAGCGGGAGGAGGGCGAGGAAGGAGGCAGAACGGAGGAGGCGGGCAGCCGGCUCCCCACCGAGGACUACAUGAACCAGAUUAUCAACCGCUGGUAGCAGCAGAAUGAGAACAAACACACAGACAUGCAUAUGUAAUGUGAAACACGCACACAUAUAUACACACAAACACACACACACACACAGACAUACACAAAGAGUGGCGCCUGCAUUAAAGACCCAAAUAACUGACAAACAGACUUUACCGGAGAGUUUGGGCCGCGGGAACCAGAGUCCAGGUGGUUGCUAUGGAGACCUGGGCACGGUCCAUCGCAUCAGCUUCACAUUAUCGAGGUUCGCCCGGUUGUUAUUAGCGCCCGCUUGCCUUUCCCCCCCCUCGCACCUCUGAGUGUCUCUGUCUCUCUUAUCAUCAUUACUGACUGAGCAGAGGAGAGAGAACGAGAGAGCUCCAAGAGUUGCUGACAACCGAGUAUCUCAUCCAUCUCUCCACCUCCUCCGCCUCCUCCUCCUUCGCCUCCUCCUCCUGUAUUCCUUUCGUUCUCUGUGGCCUAAUAUGGAGCAUGAGAAAAUAAAAUUAAAAGUCUGUGAAUUCCCACUAAUCUUUUGCUAAGAAAAAAAAAAAGAAAAGGAAAAAAAAAAAAAGGACCAGUCUACUUCCUGGAUGCUCCACUUUUAAAAAAACAAAACAAACAAAAAAACAAAAGGGACUCGGGAGAACGCUUACGAGACGGUCGGAGAACAAAGCAAAGAAAAGUUGGACUGAGUUGUGUAAUAAAGCUUUCUGCUUAAAGAAAAAAAAAUUCAGCCAUUUCACCCACAUGAACACGCUUCGGUCAUGAAAUAGUGACUCUCAUUUUUAGGAUGAUUUUCAUUUGUGUUUUCUUUGUGUUUGUGCUUUUUUAAAAGCAGAGUUGUAAUAACACUGAGACCAAUAUUGCUGCCUAAAGAAAAGUGAUUCCUUUUUAUUUCUUUUAUUUUUUUAUCGGUUUUUAUACGUCGAAGCUAACCGAUCAGACGGACGUACAACGGACCAUAGCCAUUACUGAAGCCUUUGCAUCUUGUUGGGUCGGGUUGGGGAGUGGUUUGUUGCUCUGUUAAAGUUCCCAAUACUCCUGUCACUUAACAAGUUUCAUUUCUCAAAUCCUGCAGAGAAUAACAGCCAAUUACGGAGCCGAAAAAACCUUGUAUAGGUGUGAAGAAAUCAAAGGCAGGCAGGCAGGCAGAGCGAGGAGUGAGUCUGCUGCAGGUUUGUUGCCAGGAACCGUGCUGUGUGAGCGGUGAGGGCUUCGGUGGCCUUAACUCAGACAAAUGCUCGAGAUGGGAGUUGCGGAACUACUGGUCACCAUGGCAAUGUGAGCCUUAAUGUAGUGGGUGGCGUUUUCAGUUUCUCCUUCUUCUUCUUCUUUUAUUUUCUAAACCACGAAGCUGCGUUCUCAGAACAACCCACCCGCUGUAAGAGGCGGACGCGGCGGCGGUGACCAGUAGUUCAUUAUAGUGUGUCCGCGUUUUUUUUGUUUUGUUUGUUUUAAACUUGUUUUUACCGUGAAGAUCCGGAGGUAGCAGUGCCUCUACGUACUGGGAUCAUCGUCAACAUAAAUAUUGCCAGAUAUUACGUCUACCAUAAUUUCUCUGACUACUCGUGUGUGUGCGCGUGGAUGAGUGUGUUUCCGUGUGUGUAAAUAGUAUGUACAGUAUGCCUUUGAUUGGCGUAUGUGUAUGCCUUUGUAAAUAGUGUGCCUGCCUGACUGACUGACUGAGCGAGGAUGCCUUUUUGUGAAUGACUGAUUCCAUGACCAAUUUUUUAUUUUUUGUUGGAGUCCCUGAUCCAAGCCAAUAUCUCUUCACCACUCUGCUCUUUCCUUUACCACUUUCUUCCCUCCUUGUUCUUGUCUCCUCCCCAUGACAUGACGUGGUUACACAUAAGGACUGUAUCACUAUAAUUAUCUAAAAUCCUAUUUAUGUUUUUGCCCGUGUGACGUGUCUUCACUCUUGAAAAUCCACAAGGAGGGUCGGGUAACGACGGCCGGGCUCCAACGAUCGCGCCAAAUUCUGUGACUCAGUCAUGAAAUCUGUCAAAUUUUGAUUUCAGGUGACAGAAUUUGGUGAAUUUGGUUCUGGCUUAUGCAAAAUUAUCCAGAUUCAACGAUGGUAAUGAAUCUCGUAUUAAACAUUUGAUCUCUCCUCCUUCUUUUCCACGAGCAGAAAACAUUUAUGUCUCUCUCACUGGUUAGUACGUUUAAAAUCCUCCGAGGGAAAUCAUUUUUUUUGACUUGUUAUCCAGCAGCUAGUCGUAUCUUCAAAGGGAAUGUUUGUGACCCCACAGGUGUCAGCUGUCUGGCCGGGACGAGAUAAUGCCGGCCCUUGGGGGGGCAUAUUUAACAUUUAAAUGUAACGUUUCUAUAGACUGUGAUGGCUGCAGGCUCUACCUGUGCUCCAGACUUAGCCUACAUUCCAGCAUAGUAGGAAGUGUGUGGAAAUAUCUGAUUUAAACGAAGGUUUUCGCCUCGGGGAAACCUUUUAUCAGCCCCAAAAAUAACAUUGGAAACAUUCGACCGGACGGAAAAAUGAACGUUUUCCUCUACGGUUAUCGAAGGAAACACUACGUGAAGAAAGUGCUGAGGUGCAAGGCAGAUUAUGUCAGCUGUUUUCAUUUGAUUAAUUCCCUAAAGGCUAAAAUUAAACUUUGAAAGUGUCCGUACUCGGCCAAAGAUGGAUUGUAACUGUGAGUGGAUUGUGUGAUUUUUAAAACGACAACAGAGUGGUUACUCGUCUCUGACUGCGUCACAUCAGGAUAAUCUCAGUUUAACUUUUUGGUAUUAUCAGUUUAACGGUUCUGUAUUCGACUUCCAGCAGUUUGUUGGCGAGCAAGUUGAAGCAUUAAAUAAGCUACAUGUUGAUUUUAGUCAGUGUUUCAUGUGUUCUCGUCUCAUUUUCAGGUCGUAAACGCUCACUAAAGGUGAUCACAGAUGUUUAAGUGUGUUAGUUUAUUAUAAAUCUGAGGAGAUUUUUAUUAUUAUUUUUUUUAUUUAAUGCUGGAUUCAUAUGCCAACUCUAACUCUGCCUACAUGCAAACCGAUGAGGAGGUGGGGGAAUGUAAAAGUGGGAAGGGAAAAAGACGUCACAGCACGAUUUAAUCAAACUGAAUGUAGUAAUGAAAGUUUGGUGUCAUGGAGGAGGCGAGCAUGCUUCCUUGGUAUUAUUAAGAUGAAUAUUAUGUUACGAUAGAUUGUAUUAAAGUCAGGAGGUGGAAACCAACAAUUAAGCCACCCACCGCCCUCCUUGUUAAAUUUCAACUUAUCACCCUGUCUCACCUUUUUUUAAAUAUUUUUUUUGAUCAGCUCCUUUUUAAAAUCAGGGAUGAUUCAUGAAGGGAAGGAGAGACGAACAAAGGCAAGGGGGGUGAUGAAAGGUAUUGGGAUACAUCCAGAGUCAAUAUGCUGCUUUUUGUGUAGCCUUCAAAGUAACGCAAGAUAUGGGAAGAUGGAUCUCCCCCCUUUCUUUUUUUUUUUCUGUUUUGUAUUAACUUCCCCCUUCAUUGUCUUCUUGAAACUGGAGACUUGAAAACGCUGCAGCUCCAGGCAUUUUGCCCACAACCUCUUUUUCCGAAGUCAGACUCGCUCUUAUGUUCGGGCCGUGUUUUGGCUCCAAACCGAAAUCUGGCUCUGCAUUAGCGGUUAAAAAGGCCGAAUACAAAACCGAUUCUCUACCUUUGGGAGUGCGUUUUGUUUUUUUGUUUUUCAGCGUUCCAGUUUCAAAUGACCAUCAGACUCGAAGAGUUCCUCAAAAAUCCCCCCCCCCCUCCAUCCCUGAGCAAUGAAUCACUGAAAUGAUUCCAGGAAUUGUUGCUGUAAAGCUAUACUCAAAUAUUGUGUCUCAUCACUAUGUAUAUCUGAUGUCUUAACAGCUUCUUUCCUUUGUGACAAUGAAGCAGCCCAGGUGUCGCUAACAUCAUCAUGUUUUUUUUGUUGUUUUUGUUUUGUUUUUAAAAAAAGAUGUGUUAAAGAGUGUGAUGGAGACUUGUGUGCAGUCUGUCUCUGGCUCCUUCUGUAUGCAUCAUUCUGGGUUUGUUUCUUAUGAUUGCAAAAAUGAAUCAUCAAAGCCACCAAUUAAAAUAUUUCAUUUUUACAGA